AAUUCUCUGUUAAAUGGUGUUUUUCACGCGUUUGCUUUGAGGGUGGUUGGCGUAGAGUUUCAAAUGUUCAAAUGUGUGAGAGUUUUUUAUUCAAGUGUGUUGUGAAUUGGGCCCAGGCUGCACGGCUUUAAAUAGGUGUGGACCUAGGUGUGAAAUCCCGCUAACAAAGGAAUCAACUCCCCUGUGAGUACAAACAUUAGGAAAAAAUCAUUGUUUCGGGAUUGUACAAGUACUAGCCAAAACGGGUCUGCCUCUGUGGAUGCUGGGGUGGGGUGUGGAACGGUUGCGAGCCGAUAUGAAUCGUUUGCUCGCAUUGCUCUUCCACCAGGGAGUGUUGGACGAGCAGUUCUUACAGCUCCAACAACUGCAAGAUGAGAGCUCCCCAAACUUUGUAUAUGAUGUUGUCAAUAUCUACUUCAAUGAGUCCGAGAAACUCCUCAGAAACCUCAGAACAUUACUAAUGGAUAGAGAGUUCUCGGAUUACAAGAAAAUGGGAAUCCAUUUGAAUCAGUUUAUGGGAAGCAGUUCGAGCAUAGGAGCUAAAAGGGUCAGCAAUGUGUGCGUUGCCUUUCGCGCCGCCUCUGAGCAGAACAACCGCUCUGGAUGCUUGAGAGCUUUGGAACUCCUAGAACAUGAGUAUUGUUACCUCAAGAACAAAUUGCAUGAAUUCUUCCAGAUGGAGCAGCAGAGAGCACUGGCAGCCGGAGUAAGAUACCCAAUGCAGAACUAGAGAGGUGUUUAAAGGCCAUAAGAUGGGGUUGUUUUCUAGUUUCUACCACAACCACUGACUUCUUCUUCUGGUGGAUUUUGCUAAAAGCUGAGCUAACCCCACACCAGGAGAAAGCAAUAAUUUGUAAAGAGAAGAAAAAUUAGAUGAAGGGUUGUUUUCUCCAGUUGUGACUUUAAUGUAGAGCUGCUACAUUGUUUCUUUUCUCUCUCUUUUUUUGUUUUUUGGGUUUGAGUAUGUAUGAAUGGGUCGUGACUUUGGAAUGCUAAGGAAAUAUCUCAG